CAAUAUUUCUUUGAAUAUCACUGUCACACUUAGAGAUUAUUUUACUGCCUAAAUAAACAGCGUAUCAGGAAACACCUACCUUUUUUGGAUAAAGAAUUCAAGGACUUUUGAAAUAGGUAACUACAUCCAGUUUUCGAGGAAUCUUAGCACUCUAAAAUGCACCUUCUCAGCAAGAAGCUUUUAGUUUACUGACGACUUCCGAGAACCUACAUCAACCUACUUUCAACUCAGAAGCUAAAUUCGAGGUGAGUAAAUCGUGGAAACUUUGUAGAUGACAAACAUUGGCUAGACAGGCAAAGCUUCAUCUAACUUGUGGAAACUUAAACGUUCGUUUUUUUCUCCAUAAAUUUUACAUUUCGUGAGAUUUCUCUUCAUAACAUUCGAGGCUUAAGGUUUACACAAUCCCCUAAUCGUAGUAGCAGUUUGCGUGAGUUAAGUUGUCUGUAAUAACACUAGAGGAGUCAGUUUAUCGGAUUUGACUGGGCGUUAAAAUUCGAUAAAGAGAGAAAGAAGAUUUUGAUCAGAUGAUGUUUCAGUUUGCUGAUGAAAAUGCAAUAAAUAAAGUUCCUCAUUUACGUAAGUAUUCAGAUCGCCAUCUAAACAAAUCAAUAAUCUCAUUCUGUAAUGAAAUACUGGUAAAAUUGCCCAUUUCGUGUUCGAGACGAAAACAGAUUUUUAUAGAUUUAUUUUUGGACACAAUUUAUGUUUUCACGGAAGAAUCUAAGAAGGAAGGAAAACGUCAGAAGCAAAGAGAACUCCUCUGUUUUCGGUAGGACAUGACCAACACUCGGAGAAUAUGGAUUUUAUUGCAUUCAAGCUAUUUUGAGCUUUAAUCAGUUUCGCCUUUUUCGCAUAUUUUUUAAUACUCUUUUCUAAAGUUAAAGAUUUGAAAUACAACACUCCACGUUGAAAUCGCGUGUUUGGAUGCUUCUUUCAACUACAGUAGAAAAAAUGUUUGGCCUGCCAUUGCCUGCUGCGUGCCAACAUGGGCAAACCCAAAUUAAGUGGUAGAAAUGGUUCCAAGUAAGGUUUUCCAUGAACAAGAAUCAGCGUUAAAUGGAAAAGCUGACAUAUAGUGGAUCACGAGGCGCUCCAUUUUCCCCAGCAUAUCCGUUUUAGAUAGCUAAAAAACUACAAGAUUUGCUCUGUAACAAUCCCUAGCCGUUCAGCAUGAUUUGACCCUCUUAGGGGCAGGACAACGGUAUCUUACUUAGGGUUUGUCACACAUUGUUAUGUCUGGUCAUGAAAAAGGGGUUGCUCACGUCGUGAACACAUGGUGAAAUCCCUUCUCUCCAACCAGGACUUAAAACGAAAGAAAUAUUGAUUGUGGUUCUUGCUCAUGUUUUGCUACGUGAUCUCAGAAGUCUCUCUUUAACUUCUCCUUCCGCAAGGAGCCCACUCUUUUCUGCGUUCCACGUUUUUUUCCUUAAAGAUAAGGGGACGAGGCAACCGCAAAAUCUUAAAAAUAGGCGAAAUGACCUCACGCACUGAAGAGAAACGGAAAUCCAAGUUUGGAAGUUUAUUGAAUUAAUGUUAUCAGAUCUAUCCGAUUGACAAUAAUUAGCAGUCAAUGAACAGACCAGACCUUGUUGUUUAAAUCAUUUUACUGAGAAAAGUCUAGAAAUCUCAAAAGCUGUUUCUGCCGUGUGAAAUGCCUAUUUACUGUUUGACUCGGAAAUAACGAAGAUUUUUCACGCUUAAACUCUACGGGUACGGUGGGAUGGGGGAAUUGGACGAAGGAUGAUAGAUAUCCCAGGGGUUUCCCAAUUAAGAAAUCAGGAGAACUCCCAAUAGAAAUCCGUAGUUUGACUAUGAUUGAAAGUAGUAAACACCAGUCCUUUUAAUAAUAUUCACGCGUGCUUAUUACACGCGUAUUCAUCAUAAUAGCGUCAAAAAAUACUUAUUAAUUAAUAAAUGCCUUGUUUUGACGUAGACAGCACAUGUGCUUGAAGAGUCGAAGGUCAUUUCCGUCUGGACGCCUGAUAUGAUUUAGAACCUUGCAAACUACUUUCGGAAAUAACAUUUCUAACCACGAAAGGUUUCAUCUUACCACUAGUGAUUGACCUCUUCCAGUCAAAUUACGAAAGAAUGCUAUUUACACCAACAACGGAAACCACGUAACACUUUCCGUGUUAUCUAGGUGUGAACUUGUGAGCUUGCCUACGCAGAAAUCCUUGGGUUUCGUAGCGAUUGGUAUGAACAAAGGAAAAUAAACAAACACAGCGCGAAAUAUUCUCUCAGAACCUUAAUCGCUUUGAAAUUUAAUCAGGACAUAUAUUUAGAAAGAAAUGCACGAUACCGCAUUUCUCCCUCUGGCGGAGUUGACGCAGAUAAAUAAUUUCUCAAACAUUUUCUUAAGAGAUGUGUUAAAUCUUAAAGGAAAUAUCAAAAAAGCGACAAAGAGUGCAUUUUGAAAAUGAUGAGUUGCUUCGAUAUGGCAGUUGUUCAAAGAGUGCAACUAACAGAAACUCUUAACAAAUAAACGCUGAGGAUAGUAUAAACUGACCAAGUUUGACGUUCAAAUUAUAAACUCUCGCUAGGAUAAAGGUCAAACUUAACCUCAUAAUAAAAGGCGGUCGCAAGCAGGUAAUCAAAAGCUGUGAUUAUGGAAGUGGUUUUACGUAAAACGUGAGGCGAGGGCAUCUGGCAAUUAUGCAUUAUGUCAAGAACUAAUAAGCCGUACAACACGUGUCGGUAUGGUUUGUAUCACCCCUAGAUUUUCCGCACCCACCUAAAUUAGUCAUAAAAGGCGCUGACACAUGCUUGGUUUUUAGUUUUAACACAGCUGAGGAAGCAGUAGAGCGAGUAUCAUACCAUGGCGGGUUUAAAGAAGAGUUCAUGGCUGCAUCUUCUACUGCUGGUAGUCUUGUUAUUCAGCGAAGGUUUAGCACAACGGAGGUCACCGUCAUCUUCUCGAACCAUCCGGAGAGGGUCCCAUAGAACUACCUAUAGAAGCAGGCAAGGUGCAAGUCGCGCGUCUACGAGUCGCACGAGGACUCAGAGGUAUGGUGCUGCAGGACGGCUUAGAGGCGGAGGUAAGGCUUUUUACGAUUUUGUUGUUAAUGUCCAGUAUUUUACUAGGUACAUUGGCCAAAGUGAGAGAGAAAAUCGUAAUACCACUUUCAUUUAGGCUUUGCUAGACAGUGAUAGGUCUUUUAAAUUUUCAAAUAGGGUUUGACGGAAUAGGCAUGUCGGUUGUUGAUUUCGAAAUACGCACUGAUCAACGUAGUGUUUUUGAAACUUGAUAAAAUGUUCCAAAUAACUCCUUGUUGCUUUAAGCGUUAGUGAUAUUUAGGCAAUUCUGGGUUCAUUGCUGCGUAUGUGGUGUUGGUGAUAUUUAGGCAAUUCAGGGUUCAUUGCUGCGUAUGUGGCGAAUAGCACUGUAUGCGUUGAUCGUACUGCGAAAUUCAAAAGUACUUCUGAUAAACAAACAAAAAGAAGCAAAUGAAUAAAUAACAAAUCGAAGAGUAAUAAUCGAAGACAAGAUUUUCAUCGCACGAGUGGGAUAAAUGUCAUUGGUUUUUAAGCCUCGCAUAUUAAUGGUGAACUUAAGUGGCGCCUCGAGAGAAAGGUCAAGCCAAUGACGAUAUCAUUACAUCACACUACUUAUAAAUUAAAUUUAAAAAAAAAGGGUUCAAACAGUGAUGAGGAAUAAGAACACUCCCACUGGUCUGGCAUCUUUUCCGGGCAUCUCCAUAUCACACCACUAUGUUGCCGAGUAUCAAGGGUCACGCGCUUAAGAUGAUUUUUUUAAAAAAACAUUUAACCCCCAAGAGUGCCUAGCACCAAAUAUCUCCUUACAAUAACACCCCUGAAUCUCGAUUUAGGUCGCGAGGAUAAAGGAUAUGAUCUCCAACUAAAAAAGGUCUUGAUCGUCGAACGAAUUUUCCUUGUCAGCACCUUAAAAAGAGUACGGAAAACAGUAUGGGGAACAUACAUACCGUGCAUAGGUUAAGGAAAGAACCCAAAAAAGCGCAUGGAUUCCAGAUCCCCAGAUUUCUCGCAUGAACAUGAAGUCGGGGAGGAGGGGGUGGGGGAAGGGGAAAGUGGGAGUGGGAAAAAGGGAAAGAGUUGUUGAUUGGCAGCGUUCCCUCGCGGAAGAAUUGUUUUAUGGCUUAAAAAAAUUUGGGUUCAAUAAUCGAGGAUGAAUUAAUUUUUCUAAAUGUUUUGUUGCUUGCAGAGUGCAAAGAUGAACCAGCGAAACAUGAGAUCUGCGCGAAAGUAGUUAAAGAACUUGGCAUCCAGGUUUGCCAUGUCAAGAUCGAACAGCUGAGAUACAAACUCGAGAGGAGCUGUGCAAAGACUUGCAACUAUUGUAAGUAAUGCCGUUGAAAUAACACGCAUAUUUGUGAGGUUCUGCUACCAUUCUUGCCCUUCGCUUUGCCUAAAUAAUCAAACCACAGUCACUUCCCGUGCAGUUGCCGUUACACUAACUCUUCUUACAUUUUCACUAUUUACAACUUUUGGUUUUACUUUUUGCCUACUACUAAAGCCCACAAUAAUUUUGUAUUCAGGUGGAGAACCUAAGAUGAGUUGUAGAAGAACCAGAGACUGUUGUUGGGACAGAUUCACACCGCGUGGCAGAGUAAGCUGCCCAGGUAAGAAACAAUUGGCAAUUACAGCAAAGAUACAAAGGGUUAUCUGUACCCUUUAUUUUUGUUUCCUUUUCGUUGGCUAUCAAAAAGAGCUUUGCAGAAAGCGACCAUGGACUGCGACUUGAUGUAAGAAAUCUGUGUUCACUGAUUCAGUUUAGAGCCUGUUGCUCUUGUGGGAAGGACUCGUGCUUUUUCUCAAUAAACCCCUAGUAACCUUACAUGUUUCAGAGUCUUUGUCGUAACUGGCUCUAUAAAGCAAAAACUAUUUCUAAAAAACACAUACCAUCACAAAAUGAGUCAGUUACCUUAUUGGAAAAUUGCAUGAUUGUUUUUCAUGGUAGUAACUUCGUCCAGAACUUAAGUUUUCCCUCUUAACUCCUUAAAUCCUAAGAGUGACCAGCAUCCAAACUCUCCUUACAGUAAUACAGCUGAAUCAUUCAUUAUCAUCAUGAGAAUAAAGGAAAUGAUCGCUAACCUGAGAUGGUUUGAUUGUAAAACAAAUUUUCCCUGUCUAGACCAAAGAAGACGUGAAGAGCAGAGUGUACGGAAUAUGGAUACUGAUGUUAGGGUGCAAAGGGUUGACCCUUUAACUCCCAAGAUCUGAUUGUUAAUUCUCCCCUGUAGCUGCUACACAUUUCCUUGUAAAUUAGUUAUGAGAAAUUGGUGCUAGAUCAAGAUAGCAGCUUCUACCUGAUAAGUUUGAAUAUACUCAUCACCUGUUUGUUGAAGAUUGUAUGGAUAUUGUAGGAAGAAGUUUUAUGUUAAUCACUUCUGCGAGUUAAAGGGUUAACUAUAUUUUAAUUUCGUUUCCUCAUUGGUUAGAAUGCAAGGAUCACAUGCACCUCUGCAGAAGAUUCAAAAGAUUCUGUAACUCAGGAAAGGAGGAGAACAAAGAAUUUAUGGAACUGCACUGCCCAGUGACUUGCGGAAAAUGCAGAGGUAGCAUCGGAGCGAUAAGAAAGGGGCGACCUGUUACCAUGCGCGACUGGAACAAGCUUUGAUUUCAUUAAAGGUGGGUAGUAAUUAAGUCUUUCUUUUGGAGCGUUUUUAGAUUGUGUUUCCAUAACCAAAGUAAUCUCGACGGCUAAUCAGAAGCACAGAAAAUGUCUUUUCAGAGCCGAUAAGAACUCACUCAAAGUAUAAACAACCAAACGGACUAAAGCGCGCGAAAACGCAGGUGACUCAGUCAUAAUUGGUUUUAGUUUAAAGUCUGAUCGGUUAAUAAAGUGGCGCGAGUUUCCUGUACCAAUUACGGUGCAAAGUGAAGAGAACAGAUUACUUUCAACACAAUUUGAAAUUGCUCUAAAAAUACCAAUAAAAGAAUGCUCAAAAUCUUGGGUGCAAAAUUGUAUUUAUUUUACUGACCUAAAGGAAACCUAGGAAUCAAAGAAUGGACACGGUGAAAAAACGCAAUCUCGGCUAGGAAACUCGCAUUUUUCUGCGUUUCCGACAUUUUUUUUCACGUUUUAGUUUGAGCAGAUCUCGUCGUCUAUUUAUGGCAUUUUCCUUAAGUCUGACUGGCUGAUGUGAUGAUGGCGAGUCAAAUACAAGGGAACUCAAACCGAAAGGGCUUUAACUCUCGAUAACAUCAGUGUGCAUAUUCUCCAUACCGAUUUAUACAUUUCCUAAGGUGCUGACGAGGAGAGUUUAUUUAGUAAACGAGAGCCUCUUAAGUUGGUGAUCAUUUCUUCGAUUACCCUGAACGUAAUGUAUGAUUCAGGGGUGAAACUGUCGGUAGAAAUAACAUGAAAGUCUCUCAAGGGUCAAAAGUAAAAAGCUUGUUCUCUUUACUCCGUCAUCCUUAAUUGUCAAUACAUUUUCGCGGAGAAAGGCAACUCGAUAAAGAAUAUAGGGGUAAGUUUCUAAAGAAACUGUGGUGCUGCGUCGGUGGGAGAGUAUAGCAGGUAAUUUAGUGUUAACAAC